AUGCCUGUCUCACUCGCACACCAGCAGCAAGUUGGCGAUUCUUCCACUGUCACAGAUGAUCAAACGACACAAGAAGCUCCUAGAAAACACCCGCGUAUUGAGACAAGGAGAUCAAUACCGCAGUGCUAUCCUCAACUCCCUAUACUUUAUAUGCCACCCUCGCAUCAAGUUUUCCUUCCACACACCGUCGCAUCAGCACCAGUCGAGAUGCCUCCAACUACUCAGCCCUCGGUCUCCGAUCAGAGAAGAUCUUCCACUCACUCAUCGCGAACCACGACUGGUCAGGAAGCGACCCCUGCCUUUCGUACUUCCUCGAACGCUGGCCAAAACUACUUUGCUGCCACCAGUUUUACUCCAAACACUGCACAGACUGGACCUCCGUCAUACGCCUCUGAUUCCAAUGUGUCGCCAACCUUUUCGUUGAACAACAAUGGCAGCCAUUGCAUACCAGCUGCACGUCCUGAGUUCGAGCACAUGAUUGUUUCGGUGAACCGCCAGAAGCUGUCCAGCGACGACAUGCAGUGGACCACUCAAUUCCCUUUGAAGGAUCUCAGUAACUCAAAAGACAAUGCCAUCUCGAUCAGCACGUUCUUUUUCAGCCGUCUGCUUGGUGAGAUCUACGACAAUCUGCGCAGCCAGGCUCAGGAAGAAGGUCUUUCUGUUGUCUGGGUCAUGUCAGCCAUUGGUCAGUUGGGUGUCGUUCGUGACGACGGUUCUCUGAGGGCAGUCGUCUUGGACCACCAAAACUCUGGUCAGCAUACAGUUCAGUUGUACGUUGUCAGAGAAAAGGCUGAGGGCACUGUGCUUCCCGAAUCUCAGGUCAUCUCCUCAAAGACCUUCAUGCUACCCAAGAUUCCGUCCGUGUCUAGUGUUCUGAGCCCGGAUAUGACACAGCAAGACAACACACCCAGACAACCCAAGUUUCCCAAUGGUUUCGGCUUCUAA